ACGAAAAGGAGCGGUGGGUGGGGGAGGCAGUUCGGAGCUGAUGGCGCAAUGGAGCACCGCGGCGAGCCUAGACCGAUGGAUUGGUCCACGGCGCUGCGGCUCGCCGCCGCCGCCGCAACCGUGGCAGGCGCCGGUGCCGACCGUGCCGCCGCCGCGGCCCGCGAAGUGGAAGGGCAGGAUCGGCUGCGCGUCCGUACCAAGGGAGCUCAGCGCCGCCGCGGAGGCGGAGCAGACCGCGCGGCCGCUGGUCGACGGGGACACUGAGGAAGAAGGUGUAGUGUGCGAAGCCUGCAGCGGCGCGGGGUGGCUGCUCUGCGACUUCUGCAAGGGGAAGAAGAACAACGUCAAGUCCGAGGGUACCCGGGUGUACCGCCGCUGCCCGACCUGCAAAGCCGCGGGUUUCAUCCUGUGCCCGAGAUGCAGGGUGUACAAGUGCAUCACCUUCCCGGAGAGCAACGAGUCGUGACGGGCUCUGAGCGGCUACCGGGGUAUCUGAUCAUGUUGGACAUUUUCGCUGCCUUACUUUUUUCUUCCUGAUGACUGCGUUGUGGAUCAUCUUUCAACCGUACAGCAUUCUCCGUAGUCUGUACACACAUGUUCUGAAUUCUCUGUAGUCUGUACACACAUGUUCUGAAUGUCAGGCCACUGCUGUUCUCCUAGCUUGGUCUUUUCGAAUUAUCAGUAUGCAGAACAUGAUAUGAUCUUUCGUAGGAGAAUGAUGCGUGUCCAUCUUUCGUCCAUUGUACUGCUAUUGAUUUGAGUCCAUUUGACUCCGUCUGUUGGCC